AUGGAGCUGGUGGCCGCGAACCUCAGCGAGGGGAACGCGAGCGGGCCCGAGCCCCCCGCCGCGGAGCCGCCGCCGCUCGCCGGCCUGGGCGUGGAGAACUUCGUCACGCUGGCGGUGUUCGGCCUGAUCUUCGCGCUCGGCGUGCUGGGCAACUGCCUGGUGAUCACCGUGCUGGCGCGCAGCGGGCCGGGCAAGCGGCGCAGCACCACCAACCUGUUCAUCCUCAACCUGAGCAUCGCCGACCUGGCCUACCUGCUCUUCUGCAUCCCCUUCCAGGCCACCGUGUACGCGCUGCCCACCUGGGUGCUGGGCGCCUUCAUCUGCAAGUUCACCCACUACUUCUUCACCGUGUCCAUGCUGGUCAGCAUCUUCACCCUGGCCGCGAUGUCGGUGGACCGCUACGUGGCCAUCGUGCACUCGCGCCGCUCCUCCUCCCUGCGGGUGUCCCGCAACGCGCUGCUGGGCGUGGGCUGCAUCUGGGCGCUGUCUGUCGCCAUGGCCUCGCCCGUGGCCUACCACCAGCGCCUCUUCCACCGCGACGCCAGCAACCAGACCUUCUGCUGGGAGCAGUGGCCGGACCAGCGCCACAAGAAGGCCUACGUGCUGUGCACCUUCGUCUUCGGCUACCUGCUGCCGCUUCUGCUCAUCUGCUUCUGCUAUGCCAAGGUCCUUAAUCAUCUGCACAAGAAGCUGAAGAACAUGUCAAAGAAGUCGGAAGCAUCGAAGAAAAAGGCGCCGUUCUGCCCACGGCUCCGAGGGAUCGUGAGCUUUCCGGCUGUCAUUCGUGAGGCUCAGGACGCGGUCUCCUUCCCAGCCGAGUUCCCUGAGGCAGAGCGCGAGCACGCGCCUUUGAAGCAGCAGCCAGGUGACCCGGAUGACGUGAAGAGAGUCGCACAGGACGAAGGGAGCUGA